AUGCAGGGAGGCAACUCACUUUUUGUCAAGGUGUUCAAAGGCAAAUACUUUCCUAGGGGUGAUGCGGCUAACGCAAAACUUGGUUUUUCUCCAAGCUAUGCGUGGCGUAGUAUCCUUAGUGCCCAAGAGCUGGUUUCAAAGGGAUCUCGUUGGAGAAUUGGAGAUGGAUCGCAAGUGAAAGUGUGGUCGGAUAACUGGAUUGCUCGUAACCCAGGUUUUAAACCUCUCUCUCGGCCUACUUCUUUUGAUGAGGAUACCAGAGUUUCGAAUUUUAUCGACCAUGACCUAUGGUGCUGGAAUUCUCAUGCCCUGGCCAGAGUUUUUUCGCCUGCUGAUAUCCAUAACAUCAGUAGCAUUCCUCUUUCUCGUAGAUCCCCUGAAGAUGCGUUGAUUUGGCAUUUUUCUGCUGAUGGGGUGUAUUCUGUUAAAAGCGCAUACCAUGUCCUAAACCGUGAGCGUGUGGCAAACAUCCUUGGUCCCUCUGUUAGCAGCUCUAUAUGGAGAAAGAUAUGGAAGGUCCCGCUCCCUUCAAAAAUUCGAUACUUCCUUUGGCGGCUUGCUAAGGACAUUCUUCCUACCCGUUCCAACUUACAAAGGAAAGGUAUCCUUCUCGAAAAUCUUUGUCCUUUCUGUUCCUCCUGUAGUGAAGAUGUGGGACAUCUCUUCUUACAUUGUGAUUUCGCGAAGAGGGUGUAUUUCUCUCCGCCGCUGGGAUUUCGCCUUCCAUCUGAGGUGAAUAUAUUAGAUUGGCUGAAUGUUAUUCUGUCAGGAAAGGAUCUGUUCAUCUUGCAGCUCCAAUGCGUUGCGUUGUGGAAAGUUUGGCAUGCGAGAAACCUAAGAGUUUUUGAUAACAAAAUCCAUGAUCCUGCAAGAGUGGCGGUGGAAGCUGGUCUUCUGGUGGAGGACUACAACGCUGCAAAUUUCCCGAGGCGCUCCGCUCCUGUUAAUCACAUAAAUCGUCUGCAUUAUGCUUCAGCGGAUCUAAAACUUGUUAAGGUAGAUGCUGGCUGUUUUGAGAAUGGUUCUAUUUCUAUGGGAUGUGUCGUUCUUAAUAGAGAUGAUAGUGUUGUGAUGUCUGCCUGCAAGCGGUUAGAAGUGAGUGUCUCUCCCUGCAUGGCGGAAGCAAUGGCGGUCAAAUGGGCUUUAUCGUUAGUCCAAUCUCUGCACUUUGAUAACUUCGUGAUACAAUCUGAUGCCCUGCAGGUUGUUAACUGUAUUUCUGGUCUGUCUGUCAUUGCGGACAUCGUCCCUAUAGUUGCUGAUUGCAAAUCUUUACUUGCUAGUUUUAAAAAUGUGGUUAUCUGUUUCAAUAGUAGGGACUACAAUUCUGAGGCUCACCACAUGGUGGGGAUAGGGAGACUUCAUGGUAGUAAAACUUGGUUUGAUUGUAUUCCACAAUUUGCAUCCAUUCCCUCUUGUAAUCUGCCGGCUAUUUUGCCGUUUCUUUAA